AUGGACAGAUUUGGCCGCCGCUUCAAUGAUCCCCCCCGCCGCUCUAAUGAUAAUGCCGAUGAUGCAGAGGAGAUGCAAAACCCAGAACAUCCAGACGACUGCUCUUGUUUUGAUGAAAUUGCCGAUGAUGCGGAGGAGAUGCAAAACCCAGAACAUCCAGCCGACUGCCUUUGUGCAAAUUGUGUAACUCGACAUCAACUUCGAAAUCAGGACCGAAUGACCACUUUGGCUCACCAGCUUGAUCAGUCAUUGAAUAUUCUGGACAGAGAGCGUACAUCUGCCUCGGUUACUCCGCAGAGACCAGCAGGUCCGAGGCCAUCACGGUCCCUUCCUCUGCUAUCGCCGCAGCCUACUCGAGACCUCUACCUACAUCCAAUACUUGGUCAGUUUGACGGGACAGCUGGAUCGUUACCGUAUCAGACAUUGCCAUUAGGUAUUCAAUAUUGGCUACCUGCUACACAGCAGUAUGCGGAAUUAGGUGCACAGAACGAACAUGCCCAGCCUGGGCCCUCAAGACCUGCUCCGAAUCGGUUGCCUGCUAUUCCCCCAAAUCACCCACUGGAAUAUCCUCCUCCAUCAUAUGAAACACAGGAGCGAAAUGGUCAAAAUAGGCAUAUUCCUUCACCGCGUCCAACACAUGACCAAAGAAGGUAUUCCCAGCCACAGCGUUCAGGCGGUGGAAAUCCAGAUCUCCAUUUUAGGGGCAUACGGCCUGCUCCGUAUGAGCUUCCACCCGCUAUGACACGGCAUUUUGUUUCAGGUGGUAUAAAUAACUUCCAUGCGCCGGUUAGGCCAUCACCUGCUCCGACCGGAUUUCCACCUGCUAUACCACAAUAUGUUGGUUCAGGUGGUCGAAAUAGCUCCCAUAUGCCGGCUAGGACAUCGCCUACUCCAACUGGCUUUCCGCCUGCUAUACAUCAACAUUUUGUUCCAGGUGGUCAAAAUAACUCCUAUGUGCCGACUAGGCCAUCGCUUGCUCCGACUGGAUUUCCACCCACUACACCACAUUAUGCUGGUUCAGGUGGCGAGAACAAUUUCCAUGUGCCGACUGGACCGCCACCUGUAUUGCAACAGCAUAGGGGAAAUGGUGGACAAUCUGGGUUCGCUCAGACUGGAUAUCCAUGGGCAGUUCAGUCUUCGGUGACAACGGGAGUGCAAGCCAAUCGGGGCAAUGCCGUGACCCAAAACGAGGAGGAGAAGGAUGACUUCGCGAUCGAUAGCGAGGAGGAGUAG